UUUCUUCAUCACCGCAUCAGAAAAAUACAACUAUAAAAUAUGAACUUUUGAAAACACCCCUCUUCCCCCCCUCCUUUUCACACCUCCCCUGUUCUACUGUUUCUCCACCACAUCCCAUCUUUUUGCUCAGAAAGAACUGGAAAAGUAUCAAUCUGUGUGUGUUGUUUUCAGUUUGAUUCAGGCUGGUUUCUUGUUUCAAAGUUGUUGAUGAAAAGAUUAGGGCUGAGCAGUUGGUGUUUUUGUCUGUUUGUGUGUGUGAAAGGGUAUACAUGCACAGAGAUAUACAGAGACAAAGAAGAGGGGUAAAGGUAGACUCUUUUUCUUUUCCUGGCUCCUUGUUUUUGCGAAGAUUAGCACAAAUCCCGAGGCCCUUUUAACCAUAAAGCCGAAAUAUUGGUAAAGAGAUUGGGAGACAGAGAGAAAGAGGGAGAGGGCUUUGGGUAGGGUGGUCUGGGGAAAUCUUGAAGUGGGUUCUGAAUUCUACUGUAGAAGUUGAGAUUUUUGGUUGCCAUUUGUGGAUUCUUCAAGUGGGUUUUGAAGAUCAAGUGUUGAAGUUGAGGUUUUUCCUGAUGCGGGUUUUGCAUAGAGAUCAGGGGAAAUAAAGAAGAAGAUGAUGCAACACAAAAGAAGCCCCAUCUCCAUUGAUCAAAGUAGCUUCAUGAGCUUGAUGCCAAAACGAUUGAAGACUGAUGUAACUCUCUCUUCCAAGGAGAAGAAAGAGAAGGUGAGUGAACGGAUUUCUGCUCUUCAACAACUGGUAUCACCAUAUGGGAAGACAGAUACAGCUUCAGUCCUCCUGGAGGCAAUGGAGUACAUAAAUUUCCUUCACGAACAGGUCAAGGUAUUAAGUGCUCCAUAUCUAUACAAUACACCGGUGCAGGCACAGGGUGAGGAACCAUGCAGCCUAAAAUCCAAAGGCCUGUGUCUUGUCCCGAUUUCAUUCACCGUUGGAGUUGUGAGCAGCAAUGGCGCCGAUAUAUGGGCUCCCAUUAAAACCAGCCACCUCAACUCAAGAAGAUCGAUUUCAGAUGAAGUAUCAGUAGUAACACAUAGUUGAUUGUUGGAUUACGGCACAAAUAGACAUCGUGGUUAAAGAAACGUUCCGUCCCCCAUAGAAGCUGGUUGCUUCUGCAAUGCAGAGAUCGUUGUGGCCGACGAACCUUCAUUCUUGUUGUGCCAAAAGUUCGGUUAGUUAGAAGUUUAUGAAAUGAGAUCAUAGUGUUGUGUAGAUUGCAGCAAAAUUUGUAAAUUGAGAAGGAACCAAUACUUUUCACCAUAGUGCAAUAUGAAAAAAUAGCUGAUGUAUGUAUGUAUCAGCCAUCUUAGAACCAUAUAAUUGGAUAAAUGCCUUAAAAUUAAUAGUCCAUGAAACUCACAUUCAGUAUCGUGCUA